AUGUCACAGGUACCUUCGGUUUUAUUUCGAAGGACGUCAUUACCACUGGAGGGUUUUGCCGUUCGGAAUAUCAGUGGCUCCUUGGUUGUUUACCCGGAUUACCAAGCCGAUAGUAGGAUUUCUACAUUCUCGAGGAGUCCGGUUCGACUCCUACAUAGACGAUUGUAUUCUAGCCAACUCAGAGGAACUCAGUCUUUGUGCGCAACUGAAGUUCGUUCUUCAAGUAUUUCGCCAACUAGGUUGGUUAGUGAACAAGGAGAAGUCAGACUUAAUACCUACACAGAACCUCCAGUUCAUCGGGGGACUAUUCGACACGUCUCGGGGAAUAUUGUUGGUACCUCGGGACAGAUGGGACAAGAUACAACAAGUUGUUCAGUCUAUCCAAGAUGCUCCACAGUCGGUUCAUACAUGGACCAAGGCUUUAGGCCUUCUAACAUCAGCCCAGUAUGCUACGGCCCGAGGAAGGCUUCAAUUACGACCACUGCAGAUGUUCAUACAGUCCAGAAUGGAGUCACUGGAACUUCAGGAUUUAAUAGUUCUACCUUCGGAGCUACAGCGGCAUGUACUUUGGUGGAAGGUUCCCGUAAAUGUGAUGACGGGGGUACCGUUGGUAGAGCAGGAACCCCAGUUUUAUCUGCACGCAGACGCGAGUCAUCAGGGAUGGGGUGCUCAUUUAACGGGUCACCAGAAAAACGUUUCGAUCCACAAUCCCUUCGUCGCCGGAACGUGGAAUCACGAGGAGAAGAACCUUCACAUAAACGCUCUAGAAUUUAUAGCAGUAAUUCGAGCAGUUCAAAAUUGGUCAGACCUUUUAAUAAAUUCGACAGUAAUGAUCGCAACCGACAACUCCACAGUAGCGACAUAUAUCAACAAGCUAGGAGGAACAAGGUCGAAGGUUCUGAUGUCCCUAACAUUUCACUUUUAUCAGACGGUAGACAGUCUUCAAAUUGCAGUAAGAGCCAGACACAUUCCAGGAGCGUUGAAUGUUAUAGCGGAUGCUCUAUCCCGACCGGACAGACCGAGUGCAACAGAAUGGAUGCUUCACCCGGAUCUUUUUCGACAGGUGUGCAGACGCCUAUGGACCCCAUUGGUGGAUUUAUUCGCGACAAGUCUCAAUCAUCAGUUGCCAAUUUAUGUAUCACCCGUUCCAGAUCCAAGGGCAUUAGAUCACGAUGCACUAGCGAUCAGUUGGCACUUGAUGGACGCGUAUGCAUUCCCACCAGCAAUCUUGAUUCCAAGGGUGCUACAGAAAGUGCGGCUCUACAAAUGCAAAAUUCUUUUGAUCGCGCCUUGGUGGCCAACACGUCAAUGGUUCCCGGAUCUCGUUCAGUUGGCAGAAGUAAAUCCUAUAAAACUACCAGUCUGGAAAAGACUUCUAGUAAGCCCUCACACAAAGCAAGCUCAUCCAAACCCGGAGUUGUUCCAACUUCACGCUUGGACUUUGUUCGGGAAGGACUGAUGGAAAAAGGGUUUUCUGAGAAAUCAUCAGUUGCUGUAUUGAAGGCUCACAGAUCUUCUACUCGUGAUGCCUAUGAUGUCAGAUGGAAGACUUUUGUAGAUUGGUGUAAUGUAAAUAAAGUCAUACCCGAUAGGGCUCCUGAGGAAAGAGUCGCUGAUUUCAUAAUCUUUCUACGAGAAUCUAAAAAGUUGCGAGGUGGAACUAUAGCGUCGUAUGUGACGUCAAUUGCAUCUGUUCGUGAUAAAAUUAUGUCCGUCAAACUUGGACAGUCCAAUGUUAUUUCAGCGAUGGUGAAGGGGUUUCGUCAGGAGGACCAAUUACAGAAGUUUAAGCCUCCACCAUGGGACUUAGGAAUUGUACUUUCGUAUUUAACAAAAUCACCUUAUGAACCGUUGCUGGAAGCUGACAUGACACAUCUUACAUAUAAGACAGCAUUUCUACUCGCUUUUGCCACGGCUGCUAGAGUUUCCGAAAUACAUGCGUUGGAUGUCACUCAAGUCAAAUUUAUACGGGCCGAGAAGGGUGCGGUGCAGCUUGGGCUUAUGUUCGAUUUCGUGGCCAAGAAUCAACGACCAGGUCAACCUGAUAGAACAUUUUUAAUUCGGUCACUGGAUAACAUUUUGGGCCCUGACGACAAUGAAGAUUUAUCGUUGUGCCCCGUUCGCGCGUUAAAUAUCUAUUUACAGUCUACAAGUAGUUUCAGACGUCAGCGUAAGCGGCUUUUUCUACCACUGAAAGCGAAGCACGGUGACGUGAAGAAAAAUACUCUCGCCUUUUGGUUACGGGCUACGAUUUUGGCAGCUUACUCAAGUGCAGGUCUUCCGCCUCCUGUGUCGGAUCGACCUCAUGAAAUUCGUGCAUACGCAGCAACUUUAGCUCUUCAUAAUAAUAUCUCUGUCAGCGACAUUAUGAAGGGGUGUUUUUGGUCUGGUGAUACGACAUUUGCAAAUUUCUAUUUGCGAGAUUUAUCGGAUGAGACUUUAGAUGGCGUUCAUUCAUUGGGUCCGUUGGUGGCAGCACAACAAGUGCUUUCAGGGCCUAGAAGAGUUCGAUAAUAAUGGUGUGAUUAUUGAUGUAUAUAUGGUAGCAGUGUAAUUACGUUGAAGGGUCAGAGGCCUUGACCUUUGUUAUGGUGAUGGUUAUUUGUAAUAUAAUGGAUAUAUAUAGACAGAAAGCAGCGCCAGAAACCAAGACAGGUGGGUUCCAGUUUUGUCUUGUUCUCCAAAAAUGUGAUACGGGCACUUUUCGGUGUUUUUAUAUGAUUUAUGAUAUCAUAUUAAUUACUCGGAAGUAUGUGCAUUUGGGGUCACGGUAACCGAGAUGUAUCGAGUUUUACCGUUGAUUUCUGAAAUCUAUUUUUAGUAUCACCACUACUCCACGUGACAAGAUGCCAGCACCGCCUUUUCUGAUGAAUUCUGCAAAUAGUUAUGUCAGGAUAAGUAGUAAAUUAAUUUACAUAAAUCUAAUAUUUAUGAUAUUAGAUAAUACUUAUCCUGACAUAAGAUCUCGAUCCCGCCGUCCUCCCCUUGGCAUGUGACUAUGUUAUAAUGGUUAGCAGGUUAACGGAAGAGGAAGUUUAAGACAGUAGUGACACGUGAUGUGGUCAGUGGUGAUAGUGAGAUGGGUCAGAGGUCAUGGCGGUAUUUCAGUUUUACUUUGAUGUCUUCCGACGAUU